GAGAGGAGCUCCGUAACCAUGCACUAAUGUUUACACACCCGUGUGGCGGCUGGGCAGUGUGCAGAGCUCCGGACCAAGACUAAAACUCAGUACAGUGCUCGCGUUUGGAAUCAUGCGCACCGGCUGUGACUGACAGCUCACGCGCAGUGCUGGAAUACCGCGCGCGCAUGUUGGGAUUUACUCCGUUGGCGGUCGCCUAAACUUCCUGGCGCGCGCUUUGUUGAUUUAUUCAUUUAUCAUUCUAUAUCUAUAUAUAUAUCUAUCUAUAUAUUUACUCCCCCUAGUACGCCUCGCGCACUUUCACCUAUUUAAUACCGCUUUCCAGAACAGGGUAUGUUUGCCUCCACGUAUAGCGCGCGCACUCCAGAUGCAUGUUCUGCUUGACCGGGACAGGGAAGACGCCGCGGGUGACACCGGCACCAUGUUCAGCUGUGUGGGCUGCUUCUGGCUGCUGCUGUCCGCCGCGCUCGUAGCGCUCUGCAGCUUCAGCUUCAUCUCUCCGGCGUGGAUCGUGAAGGAGCAGCAGCACGGGAGGAGCGGCCACUCGGUCAGCUUCGGCCUGCUCUGGCACUGCUCCGAGUCUCGGGACCGUCUGUACACAUGCUACGCGUUCGGAGGCAUUGGGAGGUUCGCCGAGAUUCCCUCCAGCUCCUGGCAGACGAGUGCCGUGCUGUGCUCCGGAGGCUGCGCGCUGUUGGCCGUCAGCUCGCUGCUGGCCAUCAUCACCGUCUUCUUGCCCAGUGGAAACUGCGAGAGGAAGAUCUGCACAUUGGCUGGGUACAUGCAGAUGGCUGCAGUGUUCAUCAUGGCAUCGGGUUUGCUGGUUUACCCCUUUGGCCUAAACUCCAACUUGGUCAAAUCCUUCUGUGGAAAUUCAAACAUCUACUAUGCCGGCGAGUGCCAGAUAGGCUGGGGCUACAUGCUGGCUAUUGUUGGUGUCAUGCUCACCCUGUUUUUACCCUUCUUUGCCAAGUACGCCCCAAAAGAGCACCUCCUGCCCACCCCACUACCCACACUUUUGUAAACCCGCCUCUACCAUGCCCAUCGUAUCUUCACUAAGCUGUAAAGAUCUGUAUCGCCCCAUUCUUUCUCUUGGUCAAACAACGAUAAUGUUGCCACCUUGGAAUAACUGCCCGGAGGAGCCAUUGUGUUCAUUGUGUAAUGUGCUGCGUUGUCUUCCUUCAUCUGAUAAGCUACUUCCUUUUAUCAGCAUCCCUCAUGGUGUUUUUUUCUUGAAUUUCUGGAGAUUCUUUUAAUUAAAAAAAAAUUCUCACUGCAGACUAAUUUAUGCUUUUAAUCACGUCAAAUGAAUGGCAAUUUAAUGCACUGAAAAGGCAACAUCGGAAGAACAGCAGAGGAACCUAUGUUGAUGGUAAAUCAAACAUUCUAGUUCUACCUAAUACACAUCUGGAUGCAAAGAAUGCGAGAAGACAAGGAGGACUUUUCUCCCAAACAUCAGGGAUUAUUCCAAACAUCAAGAGGAAAGCAAGAAACUCAGAAAUCUAGCAUGCAACAUCAAAUAAUGUUCAACUAACCAAGACCAAUUAAAAUUCCAAGGAAAAUUCUGUUCUUGGAUCCACUUGUCUUGGAAAGUUUUCAUCUUUACUAUGGUUCAGGCUUUGGAUUUAUAAUGCCGAUGAAAAUCUGAAAGGGUUCGGAAAAAUCUGCCAUAUAUUUAUCCAGUAACAACCAACACUGUGGCUAACAGGCUAAGCAGAAAAACCUUUUCUUAAAAAAUUAAUUACACAAACUGAUGGGAAUUUUUUGUUUGUUUUUUUUUUUUUAAAACAUGUAUGUUGCUUUUGAACCUGGGCUGUGACUGGUCAAUGGACGUCCAACCAUUGUAGAUGAGGCUUGUGACCACUUAAUGAAAAAAAAAAGAGAAAACAAAAAGCCAACAAAAGCACUGACAUUUUCACCACUAAACUUGUGUUGUAAUUUUAAAUGACCUAAAAACUAAAACCUGUGUUUCUCUGUGUGCCAUCACUUUUUUUGAGUUUGAGAAGAAAUAUUAAAAGCCUUGGACGUUUUGUCAAACUGAAAAUUCAGGAUUAUACAAGAUCAGGAGAAAGGCUAAGAUAAAAUACUAUGUAAUUAAAAAGAUUUAUUGAUAGGGAGGAAGAAAAAAAACCAAAUGCAACACUUUUUGCAUGAAAAGUGGUUCAAAGCCUUGAAAGUCGUGUCGAUGCUGUGUAAGGACAAGAGGAUGAUUAGCAUAAGCAAGACUACUGUGUUUUGGCUGUUGAUAAACUUUUAGCACUCGAGCAGGACGGCUGAGCAUCUGGUAGAUAAAUCUGGACUGUCUCUCUCUUCUGACUUUUUCACUUCAGGGAGCACCUUCGAGACGUUGCGAAUCACAACAACGGACGCUAAUCAGAUCCUUCUGCAGGAAUCUGAAACAACUGAGGCUCUAAAGCUAUAAAAUCACAAUAGUGCGAUGACUCCUACUACGUUCCUGUUGUUAUCAUGCCUUUAUUAUUGCUGUUUAAAUGGGGAAGGGCUAAGAUCCCAGUCCAAUCAGUGUUGCAUUUCUUCUUUUUUUUCAUUAGUGCACACAAAGUCAACACAGAGACAAUACAAAACAAAACAAAACAGUUUUCUGCCCUAACCGACGUGUGCCUUUUUUUUUUUUAAACCAUGACUAAAAAGACUUCAAUACCUUUGAUCAGGUUACUUCUGCUAAAACUGUAGUUUUGUAAAUGCUUCCUUUUUUUUUUUAGUUCCUCCCCCUGUGAUGUGCAUUUCUGUGAGUGUCUUGGUUUGCUAUAAAUGCAACAGGGAUUGCUUUGGUUGUUAGUCGUCCAGAUGGUAACUCUAGCAAAUUUACACAAAGCUGUACACAAAAUUUUCAAGGGGACUAAAGGAGAAAAAAAGACAAAAUAAAAUUUAAUGGGGAUGACUGAGGGAGCACCAUGGUCAUUUUAGGACAAGAGUUAUUAAUCAGUUACUCUCAAUGAUGCAUUUAACUGACAAAAAAAUACUAUAAUAAGAGCAAUACAGCACAAAAUGAGAUGCUUAACAACCUGAACUUGGCCCUUUAUUUGUGUUUCUGCUCGUUACCCUUUUGUGUGAUUUGUUCUCAGAAUUGCUAAAUGACUAUAUUCACUCUUCAGCUCUUAAGACUUUCUACUUUCCUUUUAUUAUCGUGAUUAAGCAUGCAGUGGCGUUUGGCUCUAAACAAAGCCACCUGAACAAAUUUUAUCCCAAACUGUGAGCGAGUGUAUAACUUUUAAAAGCACCAAUGAGGAUAGAGAGAGACGUUUGCGCUCAGACAAACGUUCCCAGAUGACGCCGUCAUUGUGAUAACCUUCGGUACAGUGAUUCCUUUCGUCUGUAAUGAUAAUAAUUAAUGUGUGUGAGGUCUGACCUCUGAAUUCUGUAAAUCAGUUGUAUUUUAGUUUUUGCUGUGUGAUUUUGGCUGUAAAUAAUUAUUGAAGAUGGCUGUUCAUGCUUAAAAAAAAAGGUUGAUCCCCUUUUGAAAGAUCUAUUUUGAGAUAUUACCUCAUAACUGAUUAGUGUUUGUUUCUCCUGACCCUUAACAAGACUUGCUGUUGUGUGUUUUUCUCUUUGCAAUAAAAUGUUUCAUUAACGAAGA